AUGGUUUCCACCACCACGGGCCUGGCGCGGCUGCCUAGCACGCACUUGGAGUCCUCUGUGAAGGCUCUGGAGAACCUGAAGAUGUCGGCCGUCAACCGCUACGCCACCGAGCAGAAGAACUCCAUCAUCGCCAUCGGCCUCACCAUCCAUAACGCGCCCGUCGAGCUGCGCGAGAAGCUGGCGGUGCCCGAGGCCGAGUGGCCCCGGGCCAUCGAGGAGCUCUGCCAGUUCCCACACAUUGAGGAGGCCGCGGUGCUGUCGACGUGCAACCGCAUGGAGCUGUACGUCUGCGCCGUCAGCUGGCACCGCGGCGUGCGCGAGGUCGAGGAGUGGCUCUCCCGCAGCAGCGGCGUGCCGCUCGAGGAGCUGCGGCCGUACCUCUUCCUGCUGCGCGACCGCGACGCGACGCACCACCUGCUGCGCGUGUCGGGCGGCCUGGACUCGCUGGUCAUGGGGGAGGGCCAGAUCCUGGCGCAGGUGCGGCAGGUGUACAAGGUCGGCCAGUCUUGCAACGGCUUUGGCCGGCAGCUGAACGGCCUGUUCAAGCAGGCCAUCACCGCCGGCAAGCGCGUGCGCAGUGAGACGAGCAUCAGCACGGGCAGCGUCUCCGUCAGCAGCGCGGCGGUCGAGCUGGCGCAGCUGAAGCUGCCCGGCAACAACUGGGACGCGGCGCGCGUCUGCAUCAUCGGGGCCGGCAAGAUGUCGACGCUGCUGGUUAAGCACCUGCUGUCGAAGGGCUGCAAGCGCGUGACGGUGCUGAACCGCAGCCUGCCGCGCGCCGAGGCCCUCAAGGAGGAGUACCCGGACAUGGAGUUCGACAUCCACCUCAUGCCGGACCUCAUGGACUGCGUGGCGGCCAGUGACGUCAUCUUUGCGGCGUCGGGCAGCGAGGAGAUCCUCAUCCACAAGGAGGACCUCGCCGGCAUGGCCCCCUCCCCCGCGGCCGUCGGCGGCGUGCGCCGCUUCGUGGACAUCAGCGUGCCCCGCAACAUCGCGCCGGCGAUCAACGAGCUGCGGGACGCGGCCGAGGGCGCGGCCAUUGUUUACAAUGUGGACGACCUCAAGGAGGUGGUGGCGGGCAACAAGGAGGCGCGCGCGCAGGCGGCGGCAGAGGCGGAGAUCCUGCUCAAGGAGGAGCAGCGCAGCUUUGAGGCGUGGCGGGACUCCCUUGAGACGGUGCCCACCAUCAAGGCGCUGCGCACCAAGGCGGAGGCCAUCAGGGCGGCCGAGUUCGAGAAGGCCGUCAGCCGGUUCGGGGACGGCGUCACCAAGAAGCAGAUGAAGGCUGUGGAGGAGCUGAGCAAAGGCAUCGUCAACAAGCUGCUGCACGGCCCCAUGACGGCCCUCCGCUGCGACGGCACCGACCCCGACGCCGUCACAGCCACCCUGGCUAACAUGGAGGCCCUCGAGCGCAUGUUCGAGCUCAGCCAGGUGGCCAAGGCGCAGCAGCAGCCGGCCGGCGGCAAGUGA